AAUCCAACAAGCACCCAAUACGAAGAUUCCUUUCACCAGGUUUGGCCGAGGGUCAUGUAGCCUUCUAUGCCUAUAUUUCGAAAGACUUCGGUGGAGUUGGCGUGGAUCACGUUUUUCUCUAUGAUACUGUAGUAACAAAUUACGGAAACGCAUACAGCCAACAUUCUGGAGCAUUCACGGCGCCCACCACGGGAGUGUAUGCAUUUUCCUACACUAUCUAUGCUUCCGGUGAACAUGUUGCUGGGGAAUCGGGCGACUAUGGUGAAGUGUCUGUCCAACUGGUUCAUAACGGUGUGUAUAAAGGCUCCAUUCAUGCUGAUACGGAAGCAAACUGGGAAGAGGAAAUGUCAACUGGAUUCGCCAUUCUAAUGUUACAAGCUGGAGACGUUGUGCUUACAAUGUCAAAAGGUGUAGGUCAAGGAUCCUUUCACAGCAACGGGUCGGGAAGAUGGUCCUUUGCAGGGUUCCAGAUUGCUUAA